GAAAAAUGGAUGGCAAACAGAACACAGGAGUACAGGAAAACUAUGGACAUAGGCGUCAGCCUGCCUUGGGCAAAGCCAUGCCCGUAACAGCCCUGCUCCUUAAUCUUCAGCUAAACGAUGCCAACACGGAUUACAGGCACAACGAGCAUCUUGGCCACCAGGAAGAGGAUGACAGGCCGCCGCAGUUCUUUAAUGUAACCGAUGAGCCACCGUCUCCCGAAGAUCGAGACGCCAAGUUACCCAAAUCCCACUCCGAAGACGAGGCAAAAAAAGUCAGUUCCGGAAUGGAUAAGCCCUGCCUGAAUUGCCUGCAACUGGUACCGGAUCACCUGGCUGAACGCUGCUCGGCGGUUAAUGAGAUGUGCCAGCGCCUGUGUGGUCCCCAGUGCAGACAGCCCCAAGGACUCACGCUUGGAGGUAGUCAGCAGCGCCAGGAUUUCCUCAGGCAAUACGAAAUCGCGGAAGCUGUGGCCAAGACCUCGGCCAUGACCUCCACCGCUCAGAUGAAACAGCGACUCGCUGCUCGCAAACUGGAAAUCGAGAAGGAAAUGGACGCGCAUGUGGAUGUGGAUGUUGAUGGGGGCGUGGCCAGCCCAAAUAUCAAUCUCGAUCGCAGCCAGAGUUCGGCUGCAGCUGGAGACAAGUUGCCGCCGACUGCGAUCGUGGAGUUUGAGCCGCCUCGCGAUUUGCUGUUGUAUCUGGUGAGAAUGGGCUCCUUCAACUCGGCGCCAAAGAUCAACAACGUCGACUCCCAGGACGAUGAUCUGGAACUGCCUGAGGGAUUGAGCACCUCCGCCCUGCUCCAGCACGUUCAUAAGCUAUGGGGUGGAAGAAUCGAGCAGACCUCGCUUCUCACUCGCCAAUUCUUGAAGCCGCUGCUGGUGGACGAGGAUUUUACAGACGGGCUGAGGGGCCUCAAGCUGAACUCCAUCUCCAGGGUUUGCAGUGCUCCAUCUGUAGGGGAGUCUUCUCAGAAUCUUCGCUUGCUGCAGUGGAAUAUUCUUUCGCAGACACUCGGCCAGCACAAUGAUGGCUUUGUGCGAUGUCCUGAAGAGGCUCUUACCUGGGAGCAUCGCAAGUACCUGAUUGUCCAGGAGAUCCUGCAAAAUCAGCCGGAUGUGAUUUGUCUGCAAGAAGUAGACCAUUUCAAGUUCCUGCAAACAGUACUGGGUACUCAGAACUACGAGGGUAUAUUCUUCCCAAAGCCGGACUCUCCAUGUCUGUACAUCGAGCAGAACAACGGUCCUGAUGGAUGCGCCAUUUUCUACAAACGAGACAAGCUCCAACUCUUGGGCUAUGACACCCGUAUCCUGGAGGUAUGGCGGGUACAGAGCAACCAAGUAGCCAUCGCUGCCCGGUUGCGUAUGCGGGCUAAUGGGCGCGAGUUUUGCGUCUGCACCACCCAUUUGAAGGCCCGUCAUGGAGCCCUAUUGGCCAAGUUACGCAACGAACAGGGCCGAGAUCUUAUCCGGUUUGUGAAACAGUUCGCUGGCGAGACACCCCUACUCUUGUGUGGCGACUUCAACGCUGAGCCAGUAGAGCCUAUCUACUCCACGAUUCUCGGCUGCGAUCUCCUCCGACUGGGUAGUGCCUAUGCCGAUGUGAAGCUCGAUCGUGAGAAAAUUUUACAGCCCAGCGAGGAUGUCGGGGAGUUUGUUUCAGAAUCCAUAAAGCGCGAACCGCCUUACACCACCUGGAAGAUUCGGGAGGAUGGUGAGGAGUGUCACACCAUCGACUACGUCUUCUACACGCCUGAUCGCCUCAAGAUCAAGAACUGUCUCGAGUUCCCAGCCGGCGAGCAGAUUGGCAAGAACCGCACACCCAGCUACCAGUAUCCGUCGGAUCACUUUUCCCUGGUCUGUGAUUUUGAAUUGCUACCAUCCGUUGAAAAUGGAGCGAAAAGCGACAGUGAUGGUGAAGGGAUAUCAGAAACGGAAGGCAGCAAACAUGGGUCCAUCCAAUAGAAGCGCCCGAAUACAAAAAUUCACUAGACGAGGAGUUUUAAUUACAUCGAUUGUGAUAUUAGUUGUUAGAUACAUUUUAACCUCAUACACGAACGUUGCACUACAAAUUGCAGCUUUUACAAACAAUAAUCCAAACAUUCACAAUAAUAAAACUUGAUAAGAUGGAAGAAAGUAAUAAAAUGAGUGUUUUUCCCAACUCAAGAAUAAUC